AUGAUCAUUUACAAAAGCUGUAUUAGCUCUGAGCUGUCUUCCAAUUUUUUGUCAUCAAAAGAUUCAGGGUUUGUGGAAAAACUUUCAGAGAUUUAUGCUCAAGAUGAUGUUGAAUUUCCAAAGUUCGUUUCAAGCAAAGAAAAUGGAAAUAUUAGUGAAGCUUCACAUAAUUUCGAAUGUUUAAAGAUAUCUGAAGUUCAAAAACCUCAACCUUUACAACAGUCUAAAGAUGAAUUUGGGUUGUUUCCAAACAGCUCUCCUCCCAAUUCUUAUGAGUCUCCUGUUGACUACCAAAGGUUACUUUGCUCCAAGCUUCAUCAGGAAGAAUCUUUGGAGACAGAAGUCAUUACAUCUAGAAAUAUUGAGUCUUGUGAUAAUGAAAGAGUUGUUAUAAAUUUUGCAAAUGACGCAUCGCUCAAAAAACUUGUUCCUGAAAAUUUGAGAUAUCUUGAGAAAAGUCCAUUCUCUGUGAACCAGGCUCUUUAUGUGAGCUCCCCAAAUAUCCCCCAUGUUUUUGCAUGUAUAAUUGUCAAAGUUUACACUGAUUACAAGAAUGGAAUAGUUCAAGUUUCAGCAAAAUUUUGCAAUUGGCAUCAUGCAGUGACAACUGCAAGCUUAAUUGGUGCAUCUGUUCUCACCAUUAUGCGCUGUUCAAUUCCAACUAGUCGUGUUUUGAAGAGUUUGGAGAGAAUUGAAAAGACACCGUUCACUGACAUGUUGCUUGGUCAAAAAAGAAUAAGAAAGUUUUAUUCAAGAGAACCACUAGAAUUCCCAUUGACCAAUGAGCUCAAUAACUCACAAAUAAACGUUAUAAAGCAUGCUUUAAAUAACAAAAUAACUUUCCAAAGAUUCCCAAUAUUGGUGGUUGCCGCAUCAAAUAUUGCUAUUGAUAACCUAGCUGAAAAGUUUGUUAACUCUUCUGAUUUAAAGGCCUUAAGAAUAAUUUCCAAAUCGAAAGAGAAAGAUUACGAUAAAAGUCAUAUACUGUCUUCCAUCUGCUUACAUACCCAAGUUUUAUCCAAGAUAGGACAAGCCAAUCAACAAACGUAUGAUGCCAUAAAAGAGGAAAUCCAUGUUCCUAAAGAGAAUUAUAAACUUUUGAUGGGGUCUUGGUUUAAUACUGCUACUACUAUCGUUCAAGAUUCGCAAGUCAUUUUCACAACAAUAUCUGGAGCUGGUAAUAACUUGUUUAAAGAUAUCAAGAUACCAAUGGUCAUCAUGGACGAAAGUACACAAUCAUCAGAAGCCGCAACUCUUGUUCCACUAACAUUGAAAGGCGUAUCGAAGUUUGUGUUUGUGGGAGAUGAGAAACAACUAAGUGCAUUAUCAAAGGUUCCAUUUUUGACACAAUCAUUAUUUGAAAGAAUUUUGAAAAACGGUACAUAUGGUGAUCCUCAUGUCCUGAAUGUUCAGUAUAGGAUGCACCCAAAGAUCUCUGAGUUUCCAGUCCAGAAGUUCUACAAGGGAAAAUUGAAUGAUGGUGUUCUUGAAGUAGAUCGGUUCAUGGAUGAAAAACUGGAUGCAAUUUCAUUCCUAGAUUACGGGUUUUCAGAAAUGGAGACAAAAGUAUCUAAUCCUGACAAAAAUGGGUUUUCGUUUGAAAAUUCACAGGAGGCUUCAAUAGUUUUGGAUACAGUGACACAUUUGUACAACAUCCGUCAGGUUUCACACAAUGAUAUUGGUAUAAUUACUCCUUAUAGUGCUCAAAGAGAUCUGAUUGCACAAUUCUUAUUUGAAGACAUUAAUGUGAAUCCUGAAAAUCUUCCUAUUGAAGAUACUGUUGCAGCUAAUGAAAUUGAUGACGAUGAUGUUGUACAUGAGGAUGUGGUUGAAAAACAUUCAUCUAGAGUUAAACUAGUUAAUGAUUUGAUGGUCAGCUCCAUUGAUGCAUUCCAAGGGCGUGAAAAAAAGAUUAUAAUCUUUUCAUGUGUUCGUUCGAACUCUAAAGGGAAUUUUGGGUUCUUGAAAGACCCAAGGAGAUUAAAUGUUGCUUUGACAAGGGCUAGUCACACAUUGAUAAUCAUUGGAAACAAAUCUUGCUUAAGCAAAGGUGAUGAAUUAUGGGCUGAUUUGAUUGAUUAUUUCGAGAAGAAUGACAGGCUAAUAUCUUUUGAAGAGUUUAUGGGUUGCUGA